AUGGAUGUCUGGAACGUAAUUUGUCGUACCAUGCUAUUGCAGUUUCUGCUAAUCAAUCAUAGUAUAUCCAGUGAAAAUCAAGACAAUGCAUUUUUCAACCUCACUCUAACCACCAAUAGUCCGGGAUUACAGUACGAGAUAUUAGGGGAAGGUAAAUUGUGUAAAAGUAGUUGGACCAUUAAUACAUUCAUAGAUUUAAAAUAUUUAAUAAAUAGCCAUAGUGACAUAAGGGAUAUGUUAAAUACAAUUAACACAUAUGCAAUUAAGGACAGUUUCCAAAUAACUGUGAAUAACUUAGAGAAGCAUUUAAAAAAAAUAAAUUUAGAUAUACAGGUAAUUAGACAAAUGGCUAGGUAUAGAAAAAAGGUUAAGCGAUCAUUUGAGUCUGGAGGUUCGGCACUACAGUGGAUGUUCGGUAUUGCCGAUGCUGACGAUGUACGGAGGUAUGAUAGUUCGAUUAACAAAUUAGAGAAUGAUCAAACAGAUAUGAUCCACAUAGUUCAGGACCAAGUGUCUAUUUUAAGGAGCACAAUAACAAAUUUCAAUGAAACCAUAACAACAUUUAAUGACAAUAAAUUAUUAUUUGACAAAAAUAUCAAAAAAAUUGUAACCUCUAUUAACAACAUAAAUAUUGAAUUAGUAGACAAAAAAAAUCAAAUUAUUGUUCUAAAAUUAAUAUCCCUAAUUGAAAAUAAUAUAUUUGAAUUAGAUAUAUUUGUAACGAGGUUACAAAGAAUGAUAUCAAACGUUCAAACAAAUAAAUUAGAUGUUUUUAUAAUUACACCAGAUCAGUUGUUGUCAGAAAUAAAACAAAUAGAAAAUAUUCUACCUGAAAAUUUACAAAUCCCUAUCAAAUUUAAUGAAACUAAUAUACAAGAAAUAUACAAAAUAAUACAUAUAGACCUUCACCCAAUGAACGAUAGGAUAAUAUUUUCUAUAAAAAUUCCUUUAUGUAUCAGUGAAAUUUUUAAAUUUUAUUAUAUUAUACCAAUAUAUGUUCCAUUUAAUGAGCACGGACAAUUUAUACACAUUGCUGAAAAUCCAACGUAUUUAUUAACAGAUGAUGUGGUGACAAAAUAUUUUAUUUGGUCAAAUAUCAAUAACUGUUUAAUAGUUGCCGACAUUUUUGUUUGCGGUUUCAAUGAAAUGUUACACAAUAGUGAUACUGAUCCUACUUGUGUAACAGAAAUAUUAAAAAAUGCUUUAACUAAACCUACGCAAUGUGAUACUUAUAUCACGGAAUUUAAAAAAGAAUUAUGGUACCCAUCGUUUUUCAAAAAUAAUUGGUACUUUGUGUGUGAAAAGCCCACAACAAUUACAAUAAUUUGUAAUAAUCGAUAUUUUAUUCGUAAAAUUACAUUGAAAAGUUCUGGAAAAUUAUUUUUGAAAGGUGGGUGUCAAGCUCAUACUACUAAAGGCGUAUUAAUAACAGAGCAAACAGUAGAAUCGUCUUUUGCAACACUACCUUUAGAUUUAAGUAUUUUAAAUGAUUCAUGUUGCAAUAUUACACUUAACCAACGUUAUCCAAAACCCAUUCAUUUAGAUGAAAUAAAAAAUUUAAAAUUCGACAAAGAAGCUUUCAUAAAAAUUAUUUCAAAGUUAAAUACACAAGAUGAAUUACUAAAUUCAAUAUUAUUAAAUAAGACAUAUGAAUUUGUAUAUACAAACAAAUAUUUAAUCAUUACAAUAGUUAUUAUAAUAUUAUACGCGAGUAUAAAAUUCUGUAUUAAAAAAAAAAAAAAAAAAAUUCAGCUUUGUAAAAUAUAA